GUUGCUAUCACCUUUAGAGUGGAGGGGGCUGAAGGGACUGUACAGUAUGUUAUAUUUACUGGUUAGAAUGCACAGCAUUCAGACGCUACAAGGUAUGAGUUGUCUUCCCUCCACAGAUCAAGCCCUAUCUGACUGAUAGCCAUGUCCUCCUCCUCUCUUCUGUGGUGCCUGCUGGUGGUGUGUGUUCUGGCUGUGGUCCAGAUCUAUGCAGCAGAGGAACGUAAGGUCCUCAAGGUGUUCAACCUCAGAGCCAGCGACCUGAACAGCGGCUUGUUCCAGACCCCUGAUGCCUACGUCAAGGUGUUUAUGGGCUCGGGCUACGGCGGGAAGACAGAGGUAAAGAACAACAACCAUGACCCCUGGUGGAAGGAGGACUUCAACUUCUUCAACGCCAUUGAGAACGACCCCAUGAGGCUGGAGGUGUAUGACUCCGACCUGCUCUUCGACGACCUGCUGGGGACCUGCGAGCGCUCCAUCAAGAAUGGAACUUGGCAACAUCAAUGUUUCCUGAAGAAGGGAGGGAGCCUGUACUACUCCUACACCCUAGAGCCCCUACAGUAGACCCUGUACUACUCCUACACCCUAGAGCCCCUACAGUAGACACUGUACUACUCCUACGCCUUAGAGCCUCUUCAGUAGACCCUGUACUACUCUUACACCCUCUUUAGUAAACCCUGUACUACUCCUACACCCUAGAGCCUCUACAGUAGACCCAGUACUACUCCUACACCCUAGAGCCUCUACAGUAGACACUGUACUACUCCUACACCCUAGAGCCUCUACAGUAGACCCAGUACUACUCCUACACCCUAGAGCCUCUACAGUUGACUCCAUACUACUCCUACAUUCUGGAGCCUCUACAGUAAACCCUGUACUACCCCUACACCCUAAAAGCCUACAGUACACCCUAGAGCUCAUUAGACCCCUUCCACAUAGUUAAAACAACAUUUACUACUGAUAGUCCUAUAUCCAGUAGAGGCCUCUUGUUAUCUACAGCAACGUCUGGUCCCAUGGUCUCUCUCCUCUUAUCUAUAUUUACAACAACAUCCCAUUUCGGACCCCUCAUCUGUUACAUGGAUUUCUAAUUCUCCUCAAACUGAGCUGAAAAACCGUCCUCCCCUGACCUCAUCAUCAGGCUCAUCAUAACAGACUAGAUUCUAGAACAUUGAGCAGUACAAAACUCCACCUCCACCUUACAGUUAGUGUAUUGUAAUUAGUGUCUACACUGAUGUCUCUCUCUCAGUCUCCCACUUUGUGUAUUUAACUGAUUUGGGUAUAAAUCGGAUCUCAGGGGAUCCGGGACCAUGCAUGACAAACAGUGCACCAGAUUUAAGACUGUCCAUGCACCAGAUUUAAGACUGUCCAUGCACCAGAUUUAAGACUGUCCAUGCACCAAAUUUAGCAACAUACAACUGCUUAUUUCCAGUAAACGUGAUCAUAAAACAUGGGUUCUGUGUCUGUUUAUCUCGUGAACUGCAGUAAAGAAGUUGACCUCUUGUCACUAUGAUUGUACUGUUAUGCUCCUUCUAACUCUGUGUCUGAUUGGCUCUGUCCAACUGUCCCUUCCGUGCUCACUCUACCAUGGCAUCAAUUAAUAAAAAAGUAGAUUCACUGCA